AUGGAAGAUAUCACCACUUCUGAUGUAACUGAAACAUCAGGUGAUGAUGAUACAUUGGAUCCUGAUUCGGACUUAGAAAAAAAUUCAAUACCAUCAACCCCCCCUUCUGAAGAUGAUUUGAAGGCUCUCCUCGAGACACUUUUUCUGGAAGGCUUCAAAGGUCCCAAAGUACUCGAGAUAUUAGAAAUUCAACAUGGUAUUAAAUGGUCAACCCGAACCCUCACUUGCCAUCGCGAAAAAUGGGGCCUUCGACAAUGCAAUCUUCCUCAACUCAUAACUCCAUUGAAUAUAAAUCCUGCAGUCCGAGCAUCAAUCAUAUCCUCACACUCGAAAGGACUGAAUACUCGUGAAAUUCAAGCUCGCCUGGCCAAAGAGACUGAUGUCCACGUCGAGAUCCGUACAGUCAAACGUUACUUGCAGAAGCUCAACCUAAAACUCCUUGUAAACGAUGUGGAAAGCGGGAAAGUCAGCCUUGAUCAAGUUUAUGAAGCUGUCGACCAUGCUCAAAGAUUCUUGUUACACAACAACGCUGGCUACCGAAGGAUGCGGACUAUCCUGGCUAGACAAUAUUCUAUCAACAUUCCGAGACAACUUGUUUACGAUGUACUCCGAGAUGUUGAUCCUGAGGGGAUGGCUGCCCGGCUUCGUCAAACCUGUAAACGUCGGGUCUUUCAAACAUAUGGUCCCAAUCACAUCUGGUCAUGUGAUGGUCAUGAUAAGCUGAAAAGGUUUGGAAUUACGGUAUACGGUUUCAUCGACGCCUGGUCCAGGAAGGUCUUAGGAAUGUUUGUUCACAUCACAAAUAACGAUCCCCGUCAUAUUGGGGUCUACUUCCUUCACCUUGCAUCACGGUUAGGAGGAAUUCCUUUGAAAGUUACGACUGACUUUGGAUCCGAGACUGUCGAAAUGGCCACCUGGCAAAUGUACUUGUCAUAUCAUCAUGGAAUUAAAGAUGGCAGACAGCUCACUGUUGAAGAGGCUUCCAAUCGAAUGCACUUCACCAAGUCUACAAGAAAUCAAAGAAUCGAGUCGCUUUGGUCUCAAAUGAUGAAACAACACAACCGAUCAAUCAUCGAUAAUAUACUUACCCAAAUUGAGAAUGGUUUGUAUGAUCCAGACGAUCAAGUACAAAUCGUAAAUAUCUGGGUUGAUCUUCAGAAUCAUUCUCGAAAGCGACGGGACCACUCAAUUUCAACACCAACCGCUUGCACUCCUGACUUCUCAUACAGCACCCCAGAAGCUUUCGGUUCGACUGAUCAAUUGGUUCCAAUUCCCUCCGAACACAUCCAAUCCCCCCUGCAUCAUGAGUAUCCUAAUAUUGACAGAAUGUUCACCCAUACUCCUGGAUGGUUUCAUGAAGUAGCGACCGGUAUCAUGGCUGCAUUUCAAAUCAAUUUUGAAGACAUCACCAUUGGUAAUGUCUGGUUUUUUUUUUCUCGGAUGCUUCCAAGUAUACAACACCACUUCAGUCAACAUGGGCUCCCUACCUUUUCACUGGAAACCUUUGAAGAAGAUCAAGAUACACCAGAUGGCUCCGAACAAGAAGAAGAUACUGCAACUCCAUGA